CGUUCAGGGUCGCGUGAAAAAUACGUCUCGGUGGCGCAAAUUGGAGCUUUUAAUUUCCACUCCGGGCAACUACGAUGCUCUCCUUGAAAGCUUUUCUCAACGAGAGGCUGGCGGCGGUAGCGGAAGAGAUCUUCGGCGCCGUCGAGAAGACAAUAGACGAGUACAAAGAGGAGCUUUGCCGUGUGAAGGACUUGGAGAUCGGUCGCCUCAGAAUGCAGCUGAGGCUUCUCAAGUCAGAUGCAUGUAAUGGAGUCCAGCUGCAGGAGCACACCCAUCACCACCUCCCUCCUCCUCCUCCUCCCCCUGCACCUCAGAAGCAUGAGGAAGCAGCAGCAUCAGUAGACAUGGAGGCCCCUGAGUCCCAAAACAUUGAGGAGGAAGGCAGCAGCAGCAUCUUGGAGCAUCCUAAUGAGACCGCCCAUGUGAAGAAAGAACCAGAGAGGAACCACAGGGAGUUCUGGCUGGGCCACGGCUCCGAGCCUCUGGAGGAUCUGGAGUCAGACAUAAAGGACUUCAUGUCCUCAGCGUCGGGCGUGAGGGGGGGCCUGCACGACCCCAUCUUGCCUUUUCACCUCUAUCAUCACGGCGGCAUGGGCGACGAGGGCAAAGAGAAGCCCUACAGCUGCUCCGUUUGCGACAAGCGCUUCGGCAACUGCUCCCACCUGGCCGCUCACAUCAGAACGCACACGGGUGAGAGGCCGUACAGGUGUGACAUCUGCAGGAAGAGCUUUGUCACCACCAGCGCCCUCAAUAGACACCAGACCAUCCACACUGAAGGCAAACACUACGUGUGCAUUUACUGCAGCAAGGCCUUUAAAUGGAUGGAGUCUCUCGGGAGGCACGUGAGAAUUGCCCACAAGAGGCCCAACGCCCCUCAAUGACCUCACAUUUUGUGGGGCAAAAACAAAAAAAAAUGUAGUAGUAUUUAUUAUGUAUGUAGUAUGUAUUCAGGACGGUGAUGUAGUGGUUACCCCGUCUGCCUCUGAGGCCCUGGGUUCGUGUUCUCCAUGUGUCUUUUCUGGCUACUCUGGCUGCAUUCCAUAUCCACAAAACAUCCCUGCUGGAUUAAUUGAAGACUCAAAAUCAGUGGCUCUCUAACUUUUUACACCAAGUACCACAGUCGUAACAUAUUAGGCUCAAGUGUUCAUAAAGAAAUGAGCCAGAGGUUAUAUUCCUAAAAACGAUACUUAAUAUUAUUGUAUGGCAGUGUAACAUCAUGCACAAUUUGAACACUGUGAUAAAUACAAUACAAGUGACCCCGUCGUUUGGUCAACUGUUUGCUUAGACUUGUGAGCAAAAAUUGCCACAAUACAGCAAAAAUUGCUGUAUUGUGGCAGUGAACUCGAUUCAACUCCCUUCUCAAGCAGUCGUAUAGCAGAUAGUGAACAAUUCUACAAAAAACAGGGUACAAGCUGUUUAAUGACGCUCCCAGUUGAAGUUUACUGCCAAACUAAACGGAAAGAGAAUUACACGUUCUGUACUUAAAACAAUCACACAACUUUACCUUCCACUAACUUAAUGCUAACACACAAUGCAAAACGCCAUAGACGGGCUAACAGAUAACAUUGAUAGUCGCGGUGUUAUUACCCCUUGAGCAACUGGUAUUUGAACACAAAGGGUGUAUCAACACGUAGACGGAUAAUACAACAAUAGUCAGGGGUGUAGAGUCUUUAUUCUCUGCAAAAUACAAGUAAUAUUGUUGCAAUUUACAAGUCAUUAACAGUAGUUGUGAAAGUCUUCUUCAUUUGUGUUUUCAUGACAGUAUUAUACUGCCUCCUGGGGGCCAAGUUGCGCACACCCAAAGGAGUCAUAGUGAUGCACAAACUGUUCAAUUCUUCACAUUCUAUUUAAUUAUGUGAUUAUUACAAUAUGUUUUCUGGAGUACAUUAUCAUAGAGGCUAGUUUAGAUUUGAGAUACGAGUGUUUUGACUUACAAGCAUGACCACAGACUUGAAUCUUAAGGCACCAUUGUAUAGGGAAUAAAAUUUUAAAAAAUGUACUUAAAUAUUGCUUCAAUUGAAAUCUGUAAGGGAAAAUAAAUGGGUUGUAAAUUGGACACACCUCAGAGAAGUGUUGUGACAUCCCUGCCAAAUUGGAAUGAUUAAAAACACAGAUAAGUAUAUAAAAGAUUGUGAAAAAUGAAGCCUGUCUCUGAAUUCACUUAACAUGGUCUUGUACAGUUAAAUACAACUGAACUGUACUUAUCAAAUGUACUGUAUUAGAUUAAAAAAGGUUUUAGCCAUUGUAACAUUUUGCAUGGUUUGAACAUUUAAAUACCACUAAGGGAGCCUAGUGGUACUCAAAGCACAUUUUGAGAACCACUGCUCUAAAUUGUCCAUAGGUUUGAGAACGUAAAUGCUUGUUUGUCCAUCUGUGCCCUGCGAUCAGGCGGCAACCAGUCCAGGGUAUAGCCCGCCUCUUGUCCAAAGUCAGCUAGGAAAGGCUCUCUAAUAAGAAAAUGGAUGGAUAGAUAUUUAUUAAUCAAGGAAGUAUGUUUGAGAAUGUAACAUGCAAUUGUAAAGGACUCCUCAGUGUACGACGUCAACGCCAACACCUUCUCUUGGCUCAUGAUCCGUCGACGCUGCAAUUCUUCCUCGCCUUUUUCUUUGAAAUUUAAUGUACUCGUGCAGUGCCAUCGUUCCCAUUUGUUUGAGUGCGUCUAGUCAUGAGGAAAGCCAACAGCCUGUUUAGCUUCCUCUAUGAUUCUAAUUAAUAUUGUAUUUGUGUCUCAUGUCCUGUGUGUGUGCUUACGACUAUCGCCUUGCAUGAAAUGUGCUCUUGUUGGCUCUUUUGCCAAGAGGGGUCGUGUCCGUUACAUUUUGUGUUUCGGUCGAUGGUUUUCAAGGGCGAGGAAGAUGUUAUGAAAUAUAAUAAACUGU